GUUAGUUACAAUUUACUUGUGAACGUGCUUUAUAGCGAAACUCGGUUUGUUGUUUACGUCAAUAUUUCAAAGUGAAAAAUUGAUAAAUGAAAUGUUGUUCUUCAUUUGAUUCAGAUGUUUCGCUAGCAGAACAUUUAUUUACAAUCAACUAUCGGCUAAAGUUGUAGUACACAAUGCGUAUAAUGUCGAACAGACAUGUUGGAUUGCUUCUUUAUAAUAGGUUGUGGUUAACAUCAACGCAAACCACAAUUUCAGCUACUGGUGUAUUUACUGCACAUCGCAAGGCCCACACAAAUGAACAAUUUAAUGGGAACUCUUACAACAACAAAAAAUUGUAUGCGGUUAUCGUUGGAGCAUCGGUUGCAGCCACUUAUGGUUUAUAUAGACAUUCAACAGCUAAUCAAGUGGAUUGUGAGGAACGGAAACGAUCGAAAGAUGCGAAGCCAGAUGCGAAAUUAUUUCAUUCGACUGUCAGAUCGGAAUUACCAACGUUCCGAUUAGAGGAAGUUAACCGGCACAACACAAAAGAAACUGGUAUAUGGGUGACGUAUGGAAUCGGUGUGUACGACAUAACACAAUUUAUACCUCAACAUCCGGGCAGCGAUAAAAUUAUGUUAGCGGCUGGUGGUGCAAUCGAUCCGUUUUGGCAUAUAUAUCAACAACACAAUACAACGGAAAUUCUGACACUGCUGGAGAGUUUUCGUAUUGGUAAUUUGAAUCCAGACGAUGAUGUAGGAACGAAAGAUCUAUUUGAUCCUUGGACCAAUGAACCUAAACGGCAUCCCGCACUCCAGCCGACAUCGCAACGACCAUAUAAUGCUGAACCACCAAAAUCAUUACUUAUUAAGCAGUUCAUAACGCCGCCGGAAAUCUUUUAUGUUCGAAAUCACCUCCCUGUACCGGAUGUAAACGUCAAUGACUAUGAACUGGAAGUCGAAGAUGAGGUCACUGGAAAACAUUUAUCGCUCACAUUUGACGACAUAAGGAAAUACCGAAAAUAUUCAAUAAUGGCUGCAAUAAUGUGUGGAGGAAAUCGUCGUUCGGAGAUGCACGAAGUCAAAGCGGUUAAAGGAUUAUCGUGGGGUAACGCUGCCGUGGGAAACGCCAUUUGGUCGGGACCAAAACUUUGUGAAAUAUUGAAGGACCUGGGAAUUGAAAGUGAUGACCACCGACAUGUUCAUUUCGAAGGAUUAGAUGAGGAUCCAACAUCAACAAAAUACUCUGCAUCGAUUACAUUAUCAAAGGCAAUGGAUGCGCGAGGCGAUGUUAUUUUAGCUUACGAAAUGAAUGGGGCUCCCCUUCCCAGAGACCAUGGUCAUCCAUUACGAGUCAUUGUGCCAGGCGUAGUAGGUGCUAGGAACGUUAAAUGGUUGGGUAGAAUUAUAAUUUCCCCAGAAGAAUCGGACUCGCACUGGCAGAAAGAUGAUUAUAAAGGCUUUAGUCCAAGUACGAACUGGGACAAUGUCGAUUUUAAGAAAUCACCCGCCAUUCAGAACAUGCCUGUAACAUCCGCAAUUUGUAGUCCAUUGAAUGACGAAGCUGUUAACGUGGUUAACGGUUACGUUACGGUUAAGGGCUACGCAUGGUCUGGCGGUGGAAAUAAAAUCGUGAGAGUUGACAUCACUGGUGAUGGUGGGAAAACGUGGCAAACGGCUGAAUUAGAGCAAGAAAGCAAUGAUCUGUCGACGGUUUCAACCGGACGUCACUGGUCGUGGACAUUGUGGACAGCGAAAAUCCCAGUUAGCAAAGGUACUUCGAAUAUUGAAAUUUGGUCGAAGGCUGUGGACUCAUCCUACAACGUGCAGCCGGAGUCAUUCGAAAAUAUUUGGAAUUUGAGAGGAAUGUUGAGCAAUGCGUACUCUAAAGUUAAGGUCAAAUUAAAUUGGUAGAGGACGAGGUAGAGGAUUUUUUACUGUUUUUCAAACGUUUUGAAUAAAUUGAAUAAAUUUUA